AUGCCUCGCGCGAUAUUAAAGGGGCUCGCUAUCAAUGCUGACCACCAAGCAGAUGCCGAUCGAAGAAUUCUAUUGAUUAAAUCAAAAGCCUCGCAAGAAAAAGAUUACCGACAAAGGAUGGAGAAGAUGGAUCGAGCGCUCUAUCAGGACGACGAAGAGGUCCAAGAGGAUCUGACAGAGACAGAGUUUCCGGCCCAAAAAGCAACUACCUCCUCCUCUGGUCAAAUUGCUGCUAUCAGAGCUGCAGGUUUCCGUCGCCAUAUGGAUAAGGAGGGCACAGAAAUAUUCAUGACCUCUCAACGGGAUUGA